GCGGAGGAGAUGGUUUUUUGUCAUACAUUCGACCUCGCGAAAAGGCUCACGCUGCCUGUGGGGACGGCUAUGAACUAUAUCACGAUACCGCGAACGGCGCCCAUGUCUACGUCGCCGUUCAUGUCGAUACUGCAGAACGUACAGCAGCAGCUCGCUUCGACGCCUACGCAUACGAUACACCGUCUCGUCAUACCAUCCCUCCUUUCGCCAGCACUCUAUCCUCCCACGUCUUCGCAUCCGAACUCCAUACUCCAAUUCCUGCACGCUCUCCGUGCAUUACUGCGGCAAUAUCCAACACGAUUCACAGCCAUCCUCACCCUACCGCUAUCGCUAUACCCUCGCUCCUCAGGCCUCGUGCGCUGGAUGGAGAUCCUCUCCGACAGUGUUCUCGAGUUGUCACCCUUCCCAUACUCGCAUGCGCAGAUGCUCGCGCAGUCUGCUGGCACAACGAAAGACGAAGAGAAGCCACAGGGAAUGUUCGCCGUACACAAGCUCCCUGUAUAUCAUGAAAAGGGCGGUGGUGGUGGAGCGGAGGAUCUGGGCGAGGACAUGGCGUUCACACUGAGCCGGCGGAAGUUCGUAAUCGCGAAAUUCAGUCUACCACCGCUGGAAGGAGACACCGAGGCGCAGGAAGCUGCUGUACGUGAAGCGGCUGGUGGUAGUGCAAUGCCGAAGAAGGCAGAUCUCGAGUUUUAGAUCGUUGUCGAUGCUCAAAGUUCGUGAGGGAGGUCAUCGUCUGAGCUGUCCUCACCCAUCAUAUCUUCCAUCUCGAUCUGCUCCCAACCUGCGCUGCCAGCGCCCGAGCCGAGGCCUCGUGCGUAGCCGCGCCCAUAUGAGCCGUGUCGAGGAUUGAUGGACAUGCCAGAAAUUCGUGCGCGGAAGCCGUCGCCCAUACAAGAUGACAGCGCAAGGAAUACGAGGAAGAAGAUGAAUGGGAUGAAGAGUAGGAGUGACAAUAGUACGAGGACGUUCAUGAUGCCGCGUGGGAAUAAUACGUCGUAGUUGUAACA